AUGCCGUCGAGUUCGGCGAGAUUGAUGCAAGGGCCAGCGGGAGGGGAAGGUCACAGCCGUGGUGAUGGCGGCGCUGGGUGGCCGGCUUCACCGUCUUCGUCCUCGUCUUCGGGGGCGGUGGUAGCGGGGGGGUCGGGGUCACGGCCGGGCAGGCGGCUGACUCCUGAUACCGGGUCGGAGGACGAAUAUGAGGAUGGUGAUGAAGAAGGUGAUGAUGGUGAGGAGGAGAAGGACGAUGAGGAUGAGGAAGACGGGCUUCGGGGUAGGGUGAAAGGGAGGUCUGAUGAGGAGGAAGCGAGGUCGUCGGAUGAACGCCCGCGGCGGCCUCGGCGGCGACGGCAGCUGUAUACCGCCGAGGAAGAGCAAGCUGUCGUGCGCAAGUUUGACCGGAAGUUGGUGGUGUUUGUUGCUCUGCUGUAUAUGCUAAGCUUCCUGGACCGCUCGAACAUUGGCAACGCCCGUGUCGCCGGCAUGGACGACGAUUUGCAGUCUGUGCCGCCCCGCGAGGGCUGGUACGAGUGGGCGCUUGGUGCCUUUUACAUCGCCUACAUCGUCUUCGAGUGGAUGGCGCUCCUUUGGCGGAUUAUACCGGCGCACAUCUACGUGGCGGCGCUGGUCAUGUCAUGGGGCGUGAUAGCCUCGCUGCAGGCCGUGGCUGUCAACUACCCCAUGCUCAUCUUCUUGCGGUUUCUGCUGGGUAUUGGAGAGGCGGGCUUUACGGGCGUACCGUUCUACUUGUCCUUCUUUUUCAAGCGGGACGAACUGGCGUUUAGGACGGCGAUGUUCGUAUCGGCCGCUCCUCUAGCAACCUCCUUCGCCGCCUCUCUCGCCUGGCUGAUCGUCAGGCUCGCCGAGUACAGCCCCAUCGCCCCCUGGCGCCUGCUUUUCCUCAUCGAAGGCUUCCCCUCCGUCCUCGUCGCGGCCGUCGCCUAUCGCAUCAUCCCCGACUCGCCACAAACAGCCCCCUACCUCACAGCACGCGAAAAGAAAGUCGCCCGCCUGCGCCUCCAACCCUCCACCCCCCAAACAACCCCCACCACCAACCCCCCUUCAACCGCCACCCGCGACACCCCUCGCUGUCCUCACAGACCCCGCCGGCCUGGCUCACGGCACUCAUCUUUCAUCCUCACCAACAUGGCCUACUCCUCGCUCCCCGUCUUUCUCCCGACCAUCCUCACCGCCAUGGGCCACACACCGCUCCAAGCCCAAGCCCUCUCCGCACCGCCCUACCUCACCGCCUUCCUCCUCGUCCUCACCACCGCCUACGCCUCCGACGCGACGCACUCCCGCGCCCCCUCUCCUCAUCGCACCACGCCCUAG